AGUGCGUCGUACCGUGCACGUUGCAACAAAGCCCCUACGGCCCUGCCGUGUCCCCACAAAAUCCCACAUCGACCAUCCGGUGAUGUCUUAAGCAUGCGCACCCCAGAGAAUUUGCUGCUUAAACAAAACUUGAACACUGCUCCUCGGUGGGACACUUAGUUCUCGUGGAGAAGCCCGAGCUCACUCUAACACCUAUAUGUUACCAAUACUUCCUUGUCGCAAGUGAAGAUCGUCGAACGCUUCCACUAUGCUCCACGGUAGCGACAAUCCGCGUGGUCGACAGGCCUUCGACGUAUCUGUUGCGUUUACCGUCCUAGCUUUCAUCAGCGUGGCUCUACGACUGUACACUCGAUGGUUCAUUGUUCGCGCUCCGGGAAUCGAGGACCAUCUGAUCAUAGUGGCAACAUUAUUCUCUAUUGGCCUGACAGUCUGCAUUGCAUACCAAGCAAAAUGGGGCAUGGGCAAGCAUGCUAACACUCUCUCAUGGGACGACAAUGUCAAAGUAUCGAAGUCAUUCUGGGCAUCUCUGAUCGCUUACUACCUUGCCCUCGGACUGACGAAAAGCUCGAUUCUGCUGCAAUACCACCGAGUAUUCCCCACACGAAAGUUCCAAGUCGCAUGUUGGUGUGUCUUCGCCGUAGUCAUCUGCUACACCACCUGGACAGUCUUCGGCAGCAUCUUCGCUUGCGUACCGGUGCAAGCAUUCUGGACCAAGGAACGCGCUCGCUGUAUAGAUCAAUUUGCCAUGUGGUUCACAAACGCCGCCAUCAAUAUCACGACUGAUUUCGCCAUCAUCAUCCUCCCCAUGCCGGUAAUCCGGCGUCUGCGGCUCGGAAAACGACAGAAGUCAGCUCUGAUCGGAAUCUUCGCUGUCGGUGGCUUCGUCUGCAUAGUCUCCAUCCUACGCCUCCAAUCUCUUGUCGCAAUAUCCAACAGCACCGACCAAAGCUACGACAACCCCGCCGCUGCAACCUGGUCCUCCGUCGAAACAAAUGUCGGCAUAAUUUGCUCCUGCCUGCCGCUCUUGCGUCCCCUCAUGACCAAAUGCCUGCCCGGCGUCUUCUCGAGCCACCGCCGCGACACGCCCAGCACGCCGCACAUCUACCCAACCAUUGGCAGCGCGCGGAGUCGGCCGUUGCCGAGUCAUAAUGGGGAUUAUCCGCUGGAGACUACGACGAAGGGGUCCGGGGGUGGGUCGAGGGGCUCGAGUGAUGCUGAGGGGAGAGAUAUACAAGUUGAAACACACAUACAUGUGAAGGUUGAGGGUGGAGGCGAUAGGUUCAGUGGGUGGGAGACGCCGAAAAGUAAGGGGACGGAUGGGAGAAGUAGUAUGGAUACGCUUGUUAAGGAUCCUAAGGAUAUUGUUUGAUCACGAGCAAUGUGAGCGAGAUUGAGGUUUGGUUUUAGAUAAGUGAUACCCAGAAUUUGAUACUCUUUUCAUGUGACGACACA